AUGAUAGAUGGCUUAUGGGGUGAUAAUUUGGUUGCGUUGGUCGAAGAAAUUGGGAAGGAGAGGGUGUUUGCGGAGUAUAAAGCUGUUUGUGGUGCUGAUUUUAUUACGAGUUGGAAAUAUUAUGAUACCUAUGCUACACGGGAUACCGAGGGUUAUAGUAUUGGUGUACCAAUCUUUCCAUGGUUUGCAGGAAAAGGAGACAGUACUAGUCGAAAUGAUGUUUUGGCUGGAAAGGAUGCAGUCAGGGUUAAGAGUUGUUGGGGUGGCAUUGUGGCUUUUGAUGGUAGAUUUUUUCAAAAGGAAUUUGUCAAUACCACUUCUUCCAGUUUGAAAGAAAAAAAACCUGAAGACUCAAACGAACAUUCAACCUCGAUCGCCGAACUACCACUUAAAUUUCGAUCCGAACCUGAAUCGUUUUGGGAUUCUUCUGAAUGUUGUCUCAUUCAUGCCGAUAUUCUCGCUACACCGGAUUUUCCCGAUUAUACUACAAAUACUAACGAGGAUUGGGGUGAAGGAAUUUUCAUGAAUCCUUUUGUGAGAGUAGCAUAUGAUGCGAAAUCGUUUAAUAAUAUUAAAUAUGCCAAAAGAUUUGAACGAUUAUUUGUUCCUUGGCAAGCUAUUAUUAAUCAUUUCGCACAUCUACCAAAGUUCAAUGAUAGAAGGUUGGAGAAGGAAGGAGAUGUUGUUGAGGAUAGAUUAUGGAUUCCCAAUUCAUUCACACCAGAACAAGAGCAAGCGAUGAUUGAUUUACAAAGAAUUUCGGUGGAAAAUAUGGAAGUGCUCCUAAUUCUACGAAUAAUAAAAGUCAAGGAAAGAGGGAUUUAG